UUUAUGUCUUCUCCUUGGAAAGCUAAACAACAAAAUUUUACAAAAUUGUAAUAAACAAUAAAUCGAAAAAGAUGUUAUGCCGAUUGUGCAUUAGUGAUUGUGAUCACAAUUCUUUAGAAUUAUUUGAUUCUGGUGGAAAAAAUACAACAAUUUACAAUGUUGUUGCGAAGUAUUUUGAAAACGAGAUAAAAAAUAUGGACGAAGUAAAAGCAGAAUUAGAUGCUGAACAGCACCAGGGAACGACACAGCAUACGUCACAGGUGAUUUGCGCGAACUGCUGGCGGCACAUAGACGAUUUUCAUCAAUGGCAAAAGGAAUUAGUAAUCUUAAAAGAUGAACGCCUGAAAUUACUGCAGCAACCAUAUCAAAGGGAACUAGUUGAGAGUGUUAAAUUGGAAAUGGAAAUAGAUGUAAACAACUUAAAUAUAUAUGAAGAAUCAUUUGCUGAUGACACAUGUGAUAACGACGACUAUUUCAAUGAAGACACUGAAGAUCCUGUAGCUAUAUGUGAAGCCAAACUCUCAACGGCGCCAAAGAAAUUGCCUCCCAAUAAAGGUAUAGAAAAUGUUGCAAAUGACGAUGAUGACAGUCUCUAUGACGAUAUGCCAUUGUUAAAAAGAAGGAAUUUGAGGCAAACCAAAACAUCGGCACCAACUAAGAAAAAGGCCGGAAGGCGGAAAAAAUUGAAAAAAGUUGUCAAGAAAACUUCCGAUGUAGAUACUGAUUUGGAUUAUAAUGAGAAUGAAGAUAAGGAUGAAGCUAAUAGUGUUGAAAAAGUUAAAGAGAAAAGCUCUAAAACCAAGGAGUUUGAUGCCUUUAUUGCUCAGCAUUUCAAGGAUAAGUUACCAUGUGAAUUGUGCGGUCAUCUAUCUGCUGAUUUUACAGAACUACGCACACAUUUCCGCGAAGUGCAUAACAGUAAUAAAGGCUAUGUAUUGUGCUGCAAGCACAAAUACAGCCAACGGUUUCACUUCGUUGAACAUUUGCAAGUGCACUUGAAUCCACAAAAGUUUCAGUGCGCCGAAUGUGGCAAAUGCAGUGCUAAUGGCAGAAGUUUAGUGGCGCAUAUGAAUUCUAUGCACAAGCCUGAGUCAUUAGAACGGCGUUUCGAAUGUGAAGUUUGCCAUAAAAAAUUCGCAAAAUUACCUAUACUGAAAACUCACAUGGAGACACAUGCGGAGGGCAAUCCCGAUCACAUUUGCAAGGAAUGUGGAAAGGGCUUUAUUUUAGAGAGCCGUCUUAACAUUCACAUACGCAAUGUGCAUAGUACAGCUUAUCACAGUGUUUGCGACCAGUGUGGUAAAUCUUUCCGUGGACGCUAUGCACUGAAAUAUCAUCUGCUAGAGCAUGACGGUGCGGGAAAACAACUUUGGCCUUGCGAUCAAUGUGAUGCCAAAUUACAUUCCAAAUUUAGUUUGAAACGACAUAAACGCAUAACCCAUCAUGACGGUUCCACCGUGUACGUGUGCGGCGAAUGUGGAAAAGUAGCUUUAACCGAGGAUGCACUAAAGUCACAUAAACGCUACGUACAUCAACGGGAGCGUAUACACAAAUGUACGGUGUGCGAUAAAGCGUUUAAGGCCUCAAAAGUGUUAAAAGAACAUAUGACAACGCAUACAGGCGAGGACUUGUAUCAAUGUCCACAUUGUCCACGCACAUUCAAAGUGAAUGCUAAUAUGCAUCACCAUCGGAAGAGGAAGCAUCCGAAGGAAUGGGCGGAAAAUCGCAGACACCGACCAAUGUCAUUCAAACAUAUGGACCUUAACGCCAUUUCGAAUGAAGUGGUGCUGUAAACUGAAAAAAAAUACAAAUUUUGCAUUUUCAUAAAAAAAAAAUAUUUUUCUUAUCAUAAUUUUAUCAAGAUUUCUUAUUUAAUUAUGUAGGUCCGAAAACUUCAAAUUGCUGUCAAAUUUUCUAAUAUAAUUUAUGUAUACUAUUAUGAUUUCAAAUAAAAAUAAACCAAAGUAUUU